CUGUUAGAUCAGCCCAUUGUUUUCGAGAUGUUGUAUGCACAUGUGACCUUUCGUUUAACCGAGCAGAUAACAGUUGCCCAUUUCUUUCAGUCUCUAUAUUUACCAUAUUAUCAACAGCUACGCUGAACAUUUCUUCCGCGAUAACAAUACUAGGUCCGCCUCAUUUCUCUGCUGAAUACUCCUAUAAGCUUGUGAUCCACACAGCAAAUCACUGUGUAUCCCUGCAAGGCUGCAACGACUCUAGGCACUAUUCUUUGAGACCUUGAGUUGACUCUUGGGCUUCAUCAGACAUCAUCAGGAGUUACUAGUAUUACUACGAUGGGGCUCCCCCUGUGAGUUGUGACGAGGUCCAGCUCGUAGCCGUCCGCUUCUCUGUGGCCACCACUCCUCCACAACCACAAUCCAAACCUCAGUUCCGCGCCAUAAACCCACGGCUGAAACUACACGGGCCAUACGUCCCUCGCCCUCGCCACCACCACAACCACGUACGCGCACGGUGUGUGUGCGUGCAGCCUGCACCGGUCUCCGUCCUACUCCUACCUACGCUAGCCACAACACAUGGACCAAGCGUGGCCGUGGUUGGCCUCUCUGCCGCCGCCUCCGCCGCCUCUUCGUGACGAAGGCGGCCCCGACACACCGUCGCCGCCGCCAUGGUCUCUCCCGCUCGCAGCCUCCGCCGACGGCGCCUCCAUCGUCCUGCACGCCGACACAACUGCUGCUGCGUCUCCCGCUGCCAACGGCGACGACGACGACGAUGACGGCGAGCCAUCGUCAUCGCUGCUCGUCGCUUUCUCCGUCGCCAUCAACGGGGCAGGCGGCGAGGCGCGCGCGCUGUGGGCGUCCCAACGCUUCGCGGCGUCCUCGCCGGUCGCGCCGAGGGUGCACCUUCUGGCUCAGCUCCUCAACGAGGUGCUCGCGCUCUCUCCGUACGCCCCUUGCUUCUUGGGCGCGGCCGGCGGCGGGGACGCGUCCGAGGCCAAGGUGGACGCGGAGACCGUCUCCGCCGUCGUCGGAGCCGCCGCCGAUCCCUCUGCGGCUGCGCCCGCCGCGGCGGCCUUCUUCUCGCUCGCUCUUCUGCUGCGGCUCUUCUGGCUGUGCGCACUCGACGCCCCGGCAGACGCCGGGUACCUCUUCUUCCGAGACCUCGGGCCGGAGAUCGAGCGCGGCCUCGGCGAGUGCCGCCCGGCGCUCGGCGUGUUCCUGCGCUCCGUCGGCCCGGACGUCGAGGGCCGGUUCAUGCGCUCGCUCGGGUACAUGCUCUCCAAGUGGUGCCUGCUGCGGGAGAUACAGGAUGCUGCUGCUGCCGGUGUCGGGUCGGCGGUGGCGGCGGCACCGCGGCGUCGUCGUCGUCGCGCGCUCCCCGCCGCGUGCCUGUCGUACGCCACCGAGGUGCACGGCCUCUGGGUCCUGAGAGGCUACGCGCCCGUGCUCGCCAUGCCGCGCGUCGUCGUCACGGGCCCCGCCGCGUCCGCGUCCGCGUCCAUCGCGGCGUCGCCGCACGAGGUGCCCGAGGAGCCGGCGCUGCGGUACGGCCUCGCGCACCAGCAGCUGGAGGCCGUGGCGCAGCUGGAGUACGCGGUGCGGGCGCGCGACAGGAGGUUCGUGACCGUCUCCGUGCGCGUCGACAACGUCCGGGUACGCGUCGCGCGCCUCGCGUUCCGUAAGGACGACGACGGGGACGAAGAAGAAGACGCCGACGCCGGCGUCGACGACGACGUCUUGGACGGCGAGAGCCAUUUCCCGUCCCGUAUCCGCGUCUGGGUCGGCCCGCGGUUCGGCGCGUCCUAUGCCACGGGCCCGAGCCUCGGGCGCUCCACGGGGAACCCCGAACGUGACGUCGAGUUGACGCGCACCGUCAAGGGCGCCUUCGCCGGCGCCACCAAACCAGCCAACGGCGGCGGCGGCGGCGCGCCGAGAAUCAAGGCGAAGAUGCGCUCGUCGGCGCGGACGCGUAACAGGAGCUGGCGGUGGGAGCAGGAGGCCGAGGGCAGCGCCGGCGUGUUCGAGGGAGUCCUCUACGACCCGGUCACCGGGACGGAGGUGUCCGCGUGGCGCCCCGGCGGCGGCGGCAGCGGCACCGGAGCAGCCGAUCCGAGGAACGGCAUCAUGAGAAGGCGCUAUGGCGGGCCUGGGCGGGCGUUUAGCAAGAUGCGAGGGCUGGUGGUGGCCGGCGACGAGCUGCCGGAGGAGAUGACGUGGAGGGUCGGGAGGGAAGCGGAAGGGAGGACGCUGCGCUGGCGGUUAGGGCUCAAGGCUUGGGUGAGCUACGCGCCCAACGAAGUGAGGAGCCGUCACUUCGAGACCCGCUGCGUCGAGUGGGCGCACGAGGUGGAUCUGCCGCUUGCGGCCGUCGUCGGCGACGAGAGCUAAUAACAUGGAUUGAUCGAAUAUUAAUCUUCACCUCUCCACUUAAUAACAAUGUAACAUGAGAGAGACUAGAGGUACUAUAGAUUGAUAAUGUAACAUGAUAACGUGAGAUAUACUAUAGAAUUAGUGAUUUA